UUACUUCUUUUGUUUUGAUCUGGUUCGCAUUCUAGUUUUUUUAUUGUUCAGCUUUUUGGAAUAAUUUUUUAGAAUACCAAACAGAAAAAUGUCUUUAACUCGUAUCAAAACUUUAGUGGAGAAUUAUUCAAAGUUAUGUAGAUUCUGUCUAACUAUAAACCCAGACGAUUUGUCUCCACUCUUUGAUAGAAUGGUGGGCAAGACAGAUAUUUUUACCAUCAACGCCAUAGUCCGCGAAGUUCUUACUACACUUGGGAUUCAGUUUGCUCAAAAUGAUGCGUAUCCUAACAGGAUAUGCGGCAACUGUCGGGAUCUGCUGCACACCAUUCAGCACUUUCGCGAAACGGCACAAGAAUCAAUCCAGUUACUGGAUCGAGCACGGCUGCUAAAAGAGUUUCCCAGUGCUAGAUUCGACGACGACCCACCGGUCGCAGUAAUAGUGAAAGAGAACUAUGAAAUUCAAGAACCUGAACUUGAUGUGGUCUACGAAGAACUUGUUGGCACAUGCAAAGAGGAAGACGAGCCUGAAACGCCGGAAGUUAAAUUGGAUCAGCCAGAUCAGCUGGAAAGUGUAGGACCAGCGCAAGAUGAUGAAAAUAUUAACACCAAAAUUGAACCUGAAUACACCGAAAUGGAAUGGGUCGUACUUGACGAAGGAGAAGUGGAAUCACAUCAGGAAGAAGAGACUACACAUGAAACUGUAUCUCAUCAGGAAGACGUUUACGUGGACGAAGAAUACAUAGUAGAUGAAGCAGAUCAACCUUCCGAAACCUCCGAGUCAUCCAAUAUUCAGCAUGAACAAGAAAAAGAAGAAGAAGUGCACGUGGAACCUAAAGAACCUUAUACCAAGCCACCUCGAAUGUGUCCGAUUUGCGGUGCUACAUCUACCGCAAUGAAGGUUCAUAUGAGAACGCACUCAAAUGUUCGUCCCUUCCCAUGCGAUAAAUGUGAGAAGAAAUUCUACACCAACGCCAAACUCCGAUCUCACAUCGAUUCCGUACACAUAGGAGAGCGAAAAUUUUCCUGUGAGGUAUGCGGUAAGGCGUUCGUCCUUCGCAAGACUCUCAACGCCCACAUGCUGUCUCAUGCUGCGGAAAAGGACUUCGUUUGCUCGAUAUGUUCCAAGGGGUUCCUCUUCCGGUGGGCACUCGUGAAGCACGAGCGAGUUCACACCGGCGAGCGGCCGUACGAGUGCACUUUGGAUGGGUGCGGGAAACGAUUUGCCACAUCGUCUAACCUGAAGCAGCACCAGAAAACCAAUACCCAUUACAAAAACCCGCGAGAGGACGUGUGUCAGCAUUGCAACAAGCUGUUCCAAAACAAGUACGCUCUGAGGGCACAUAUGAAGACGCACGAGGUGAAAGUCGAAGUGGUCGACGAUGCGCAAGUUUGAAGGUAAGUUGAAUUACUGAUAAUAGAAAGGAAAAUGUUUGAA